AUGGAAUGUGAUAAGCCUCUUUACACUGGCGAAUUGAAAGUGGAUAGUAGCGAGGAAUUAAGUCGAGCUUUGGAACCGUUCCUGGGUCUAUCUUCAGUAUUACUGAAUACUGGUUGCAAAGAAGGUAAAGACUGGGCAUGCACAGCAGGAACGUCACCUGUUAAUCAAUUCGGAUCUGUUAUGCGUUUAAGGCAUGUUAUUGGAGCAUUCCCCUUAAUUUUGCUGGAUUCGGAUCUUGCCAAUCGCAUGCAUUCAGUACCCACAAAGUAUCAGUUGAUAGUUGAUUUGGCUGGAGCCUUCGGCGAACAGUUUUCUCAUGUUGAUAUACCGUUAAAAUGUUACAACAGCGAGGUGACUCAUUUGGGCCAAAAAGUUCAAGAGACGCAAAAGGAUCUAACGUUAAGGCGAUGUAUUAUUAGCGAACAAGCAAUAAAGAAUCUUAUUCAAAGUUGUGCUGAUAUUGAUAUCAAAGCUGGUCAGUUAUCUUCAUUGAUAUAUGACUUGCAGCCAAAAAUGCAGGAUAUUUGGCAAGAACAGUUAGAUCGAGUUCGCAUGCAACAGUUACUUUUCAGGCAGAAAAUUGAAGAAACUAUUGCAUUAAGGGAGAAAGCUCGUCACAUAUUAAGAGCGUCCAAGCAACUCACAUCAUUUGUGCACUGCCUUACUGCUGUUGCUUCAAUUAUUAGCCCUCAUCGAUUUUAUCAAAUAGCAUUAGCCCCCAUGGAAAGUCUUUGCCUUCAGAUCAAUACAAUUGAGCCUGAUAGUCAGCACAGAAUCGAAGCCAUCGAGAAGGAGGAAAAGAAUCGGCGUUUGGCGUACAGUCAAAUUAAACAUAACGAACGAAAUAAGCUGGUUUCUGCCAAACAAAAUCUUAAAAUUACCAAGGAACAAAAAAUUCUGACCGGAACUUUUAACAGAGAUAGUUCUCUUCGAGCGAAAAUUGUCUUCGUGAAUAGAGAUCGGAGUAGAGGUGGAACGGAUUGUGCAUUGUUAUCUCCUUGUCGACGUCGCCAUAAGGGGUAUUCAAACAUGUUUCAAGAUUUUCAAACGUGUUUUUUACAAAUUAGUGGGAAAAUAUUUGCGCGAAUGAUAAUUCUAAAAAAUUUAGAUUUUUACCAGAAUCGGCGAUGA